AUAAACAACAGGCAUACAUUUAAAUAAUUAAAUAUUAAUCAUGUCCGAGCAGACAAAUAGUCCAAAGUUGAAUGUGAGCAGCGAGAUUAAGUCACCCACUUACGAUUUAAGCAAAUUCCGAUUGAACCGUAUUCUCAACAACAACAGCAAAUGUAAAAGUAUCACUCUAUUGGGCACGUUCCCAGAUCUGUCUGAGACUGACAACGCUAUUGUUGUUUUUGAAAAGAAUGCGUAUCGAGAGAGUGAUGUGGCCACCGAAGUAGCAGUCGAGCAGAACGCCGAGUCGCCGGCAAAGCCCAGCUACUUUAGCAGAGAUUUAACAGUGCGCACAGAUUUUGUAAACAAUAUUUACGCCAGCUUCCAGUGUGUGCCUCAUAAGGAUCUAUGUGCUGUUAAGAGCACUGUUAUUUAUCCGGCCACCGAUAAACAUGUUGAAAAGUAUUCCGUAUGCCAGAAGUACCUUAUUAAUGAAACACCUGAUCUCUAUGAAACUAUAACGCUUCCAUACAUAAGCUCCAGCCAGUUUUCGCUGGAUUGGGUCUACAAUAUACUAGAGCACAAGCAGGAAACUGAGCGUAUUGUGUUUGAAGACAAUAAUCCCGAAACUGGUUUUAUUUUGCUGCCGGAUCUGAAAUGGGAUGGACGCAAUGUGGACAAUCUGUAUUUGCUGGGCAUAGUACGGCAGCGCGACAUCAAAUCCCUGCGUGAUCUCAACGCCAGUCAUCUGCCAUUGUUGCGCAACUUACGACAAUCGGCUAAGCAAGCCAUUAACAAGCGUUACGGCUUGAAUUCCUCACAGUUACGCAUGUACUUCCACUAUCAACCAUCAUUCUAUCAUUUGCAUGUUCAUAUCAAUCCGAUAAGAAACGAUGCACCUGGAAUUUGGUGCGAAAAAUCUCACAUGCUGGACAUGGUUAUUAACAAUUUGGAAUUGCUGCCGGAUUACUAUCAGCGCGCUUCAUUACCAUUUGUCUUAUAUGAAGGCAACAAGCUGUUAGAUUUGUACGAUGCUCGACUGGGCGUCCGCAAGGUUGAUACAAAAGAGCAAUUGGAUAAUGAUGGCGCAGCCGAUGACACAGUUGAGUGUUUUACGGACGAAGAGCCAGAAGAGGCACGCAAGUGCAAGCGCAUAAGGCUAAGCACGCCGGAGCCCAGUGAGGCAGACCUUGUUGCUACGCCGUGUGCCUAGUUUAAGCACAAAGUAUUAUGUUCAAAUUUAUCAAGUUCAUUUGAUAAUAAAGUAAUCAUAAUAG